AAGAUAUAAACAAAAAAGAAAACUCAUUCAUUAUUUUCAUAAUCCAUUAGAUCAAAUUUAUCAACAAAAUUUUACUAUCAAAUGUUUAAAAUGAUAGCAACAAUUAUCAAUAAACAAUAAAAUCACAUAAAAAAGAUAAAAAGUAUUUCACUUUAACUCCAAAACCUAAAGAAUCUCACAUGACUUUUUAAUUUCUCUACAAAACUUUUUAAUUCUGAUUUUUGGAUUCUAUUCAAUUCCAAAAAUCGCCGUAAAAGAUGCGCCUGCGAAAGAAUUUCUUGCCACGCACUUUUGCCGACAUUGGAUGUUUCCUAUUAAUCGCUACAUUCAUUCCAAUAACGUUUGUCUUUGAGCUGGCGGUGGUUCUGCCGGAAUUCCAUGAGUUUGGAGGUCUCUUCUACUGGAUCACCCUGGUAGCUGGAGUCUUCCUCAUAAUGAACAUCAAAGGCAACAUGUUGGCGUGCAUGUUAGUCGAUACCAGUAUUAAAAAUGAAAUGCUCAUUCCACCCACCGAUGAUGAUCUCAGAAAAAUGUGGCGUAUGUGCUCCGUGUGCGAGACAAUGGCUCCACCUCGCUCCUGGCACUGCAGCACCUGUAAAACCUGCAUCCUCAAACGCGACCAUCACUGUUUCUUCACCGGCUGUUGCGUGGGACACCGAAACCAUCGAUACUUUCUCAUGUUCCUGAUCUUCCUCAUGAUCGGCUCUCUCUACACAACAGUCUACAAUUCUGUCUACUUAUGGUGGCUGCAUGCAGAAACCUACGCCAACUUCUUUACCCUAUUCAAAAUGGUCUUUCCCAUGUUGAUGUUCACGGUGGAUUCGUCGUGGACGAAUUUCUAUUUGCUCAUCUACGAGUUGAAUGUCAUUGCCUUUGCCUACUCGUUGGUUUUGAUUGUCUAUCAUGGACAGAUUGUGUUGAGAGGAGGCGUUAUCCAUGAGAAAGGAGCGUGCAAGUAUGAUCUGGGUUGGAAGAAGAACCUUGAAAUGGUUUUGGGGACAAGAAUGAAGAUGGUUUGGAUGUCGCCGUUUGUGGAGAGUCCAUUGCCUCAUGAUGGCAUCAACUGGGAGGGAUUCUUAAAAACAACUCAGAAGAAUCGGUAGUCGCUUGUUUGGACAUUCUUUUUUUUCAAUCCUAGUCAUUUCUCUGCACUCGAGUUUCUUAGUUCAAAUAUUUUAAUAAAAUCUUUUUAAAAACAUCUCAAAGAAAAACCAACAAA